AUGGCUAUUCUUGCGCCAACCUCUGUUUCAAAAGACCCCUUGUCCCUCCGCACCUCCUCCAAUUCCUCCUCCUCGGAUCUCCAGAGAAUCUCAUUGAACCCACCAAGAAUCUUUGGUUCUAAGCUGAAAUCAGGGAAGAUUGAGCAGACCCAAUUGAGAUUAUUGACUGCUUCCAACAAUUGUUCAGAUUUAACUGCAAAGGCUUCAAGAAAGCCGUUAGGGCUCACUGAAGAACUUAAAAACAACAAACUAGAGAGCGUAGUAGAAACUGAUGAUGGGAGCUGUUUAUUUGAAGAUAUGAAACGUCGGUUUCUAAGCUUCAAAAAGCAUAAAUAUAUGGAAAACUUGGAACAUUAUCAAAAUCUUGCAAAGGGUCAAGCGCCAAAGUUCAUGGUGAUUUCUUGUGCAGAUUCUAGGGUAUGCCCUUCAACCAUUUUGGGAUUCCAACCGGGAGAAGCAUUUAUAGUGCGCAACAUUGCGAAUUUGGUGCCCUCCUUCGAGAGUGGACCCUCAGAAACAAAUGCUGCAUUAGAAUUUUCUGUGAAUGCCCUGGAAGUUGAGAACAUAUUGGUCGUUGGUCACAGCUGUUGUGGAGGCAUUCGUGCUCUUAUGAGUAUGGAUGAUGAAGUAGAGAAAAGUAGCUUUAUCCAAAAUUGGGUUGUUGUUGGGAGGGAUGCAAGGUUGUGGACAAAGGCUGCUGCCUCCAAGCUCAGUUUUGACCAGCAGUGCAAACACUGUGAGAAGGAGUCAAUCAACCGUUCGUUGUUGAACCUGCUCACGUACCCGUGGAUAGAAGAGAAAGUAAAGAAUGGUGUUCUUUCUGUGCAUGGUGGUUAUUAUGACUUUGUUGACUGUACAUUUGAAAAAUGGACACUGGAUUAUAAGGAAGACAACUUGAAGGAGAAACACGGCAGAAUUUCUUUCACCAUUCGUAGAAAUGGCGAUGCAGUGCGGGCACCAAGUCAGGAUUUGAUCUUCACUGUUCUUCAUUUCAUUGCUAUGUAUCACCUAAUGUUUAGUGAUUGGGAAUUAGAUCGCAUUGGAUUACAUUGGAUUGGAGAGGAUAACACUAAUCCAAUGAUGUGUACAUGA